GAAACCUAAAGGAUUCCCAAGAGUAUUAUUCAGAAAUCAGAAGCGAGACAGAACCUCCUUCUGAGCAGAAUAUACCCAUCAUUCCCAAAGACACUACUUCUAUUAGUGGAGUUGAAUUUAUACAGGAAGACCAAAAUAUGUUCCCACAAGAUUCAAGUUAUUAUUCAAAAGCAAAUAAAGAACUGGAUUUGCCAAGAAAUGGUCAGAGGCUUGCUAAAGACAAAAAUGAUCUCAGUUCUACUUUAGAAAGUUUAACUAACUCAUUAAUGGAUAAACUUAGUGAAUCAGAUGAAAUAAUGUUAAAAUCCUUUUUUAAAAACAUCUUCAAUGUUUUUUUCAAAUAUAAUCAAUCUGAAAGAAGAGGACAACCAGAAAAGGAAUUAGAAAGACUAAUUCAACCUUUUACAAGUGACACAGAACACCUCGAAGAACUCCAAGAGGAUUUUGAUAAAGCAGACAAAUUAGACAGAAAACCUGUUUUGAGUCCAAAGCUGCGUGUGUUUCUAGAAGAACUUUCAGAGUCAGAAGUAAAACAUUUAAAAUCUGAAUUAAGUAAACAAAUCCAGCAUUACCUUGUAGAAAGACUUUCAGAAUCAGGACAUAUCACCAAGGAGGACUUGCCAAAAAUCUAUCGAAAUCUGUAUCUGAUGAAUGAGAAAGCAGAGCGGAAAGGGCCAAACAGUUUUCAGGGGAAAUAUUCUGAAACUGUGAAAGAAAUCAUGUCUUUUGUCAACAAUUUCAAUCAUCAUUUCAUAGAUAAACAUUUAGAAAUAAAGCUAAGAUCUUUUUUAAAAGAUAUUCUCCAAAACUAUUUCCUAAAAAACAUUUCAGAAAGCAGUUUAUUUAAUGAGAUAGAAUCUGAGACUAUAUACCCAAACGUAUCUUCUCUAAGGACUAAAAGUGUCUCAAUAUCUUUUCACGAACUACAACAAGAUAUUUCAAAGGGGAGUUUUGGUAGAAGGUUUGAUAUAAACAUGAAAUAUCCUUUAAGUAAAUCUCUACAAAACUAUCUGAUAGCUUUAUCAGAAAAUGAAUUAUUACAUCUAAAAGCUGAUUUAAGCAAACACCUCCAGAGUCUUUUUAUAGAAAAACUUUCAAAAUCAGGACUAAUGACAAAAAAGCAAUUAGAAGGGAUCAACCAGCAUAUAAAUUUGCUUAAUUCUAGUUCUAUACCAUUAAAAUAUAUAAAGACACAUUUACCUUUUAGAGAUGACCGUCACUUUGUGGAGAAGCAUUCAGAAAAGCAAAAUAAAUAUUCAAGAAUUGUUCAACAAACCACUUUACAAAUGGUUUCUGAGGAUAAACUUAGAGAGAAAGAAAAGAAAUAUUUUCCCUUACAGAAUUUAAAAGGAAGUUCAUCUUUAAUUAGGGAACAGAAAAGUUAUUACACUAAAGAAGCAGCUAAAACACCAAGUUUAAUCAAAGUACAACCUUCUUCCAGUGAAAAUAUCCAGGCAAGUCCAUUAAGUAAGUCAUCAGAAAUACUUACAGAUAUACUGCUUAAGAAACUAAGGAAAGAACAUGUGUUCAUGCAGCUUCCUCAAGCAGAAAAUUCUGUUCAUAAAACAGAGAUUCAAGACCCAUAUAGUUGGGGUGGUAAAUCAAAAAUAACUCAAUCAAAAGCUUGGUGUGAAAGGACGCUGAAAAUGAAGUCCCUUGAUAGAAAGGAGCAUGUAAACAUCUAUAAAUGGACUGUUCAGGAAAAACCUGAAGCAGUAUUAACAUCGUAUCCAGGAAUUCCUAAUGCCAGAAUGCCAAGGGAAGAUGAGUACUUAAACAGAAUCACUUUCCCUUCCUGGCAAAGUAGCACUUUAACUCAUUUCAAUACAGAGAGUGGGGAACAAUCAAAAUUAGAAGACCAGUAUUGUCAGAGAUUGAAAGGAAAUAAUAACAAUAAUAAAAAACAUUUAGUAACAUUUGUACAAUACAAAAAAGAAACACAAACUCUUUAUAUAAAACCAGAUGAAAUUUGCAGUGAAAAAUGUGCCAAGUUCCCUGAAAUACAGUCAUUCCAAUAUAAAGUUGUAGAAGAUGAGAAAAACUCGAAACCAUACCUCUUCCCAGAAUUAUUUAAGAGAGAAGAUCUAAAACCCAAGGUCGGAAAAGAAAGAGACCGUGUCGCCAAACCAAAAAAGUCAUUUAACAAGAUAGUCAGGAUACUACCAACCACACUGCCCUCCACAAGAAUUCACCUAAAGAAGUCUGUUCCAAGGACACUGCUUCACUGGACUGCAAGAAGAACUAUACAUGAUUGUUCAGAUAAAUUUGAGGAUUUACAUGACAUGACCUCAUUUACACACCUUAAAAAAGUAAAAUCAAGAUCAAGGCUUUUAGGAAAAAGCUCAGAUGAUAUCCAUAAUCAUGCCAGACACUCUGCAAGACCAUAUACCGCUCCGGAGGUUAACAAGCAACGAGAAAGCUACAGUGGAAAGUUUACAAGUGGUCGAAUGGUUUCAUCAGGCUUAGUUCAUAUAAAUGAUAAAACAUCAGAUUAUGAAAUGCAUAAAAUGCAGCCAAAAAAAAUUAAAAGAAGAUAUUGAAAAAUGUUCACUCAUUUGUGAUAUUAUAAAACAUGUUUAACUCAGAAUGAUAUGUGAGGCCAGCAGUCAGAAUAUCAUUUCUCCAUUAACAAAAUGGUUUGGAGAUCUCUUCUUUGUGUGACAGAAGUCAGCAACCAAAUUUCAGCUUGUUAGAACCAUUUUGUUUUGAUUAAAAUGAAAAACAAACA